AGCGGUCGCUGGACUAUGACGCGUACUCUGCGCAGCGAGCGCGCUGGCUUUUCUAAGCUCUGUCGGGGCCUGGCCCACGCUUGGUGGCAGGAGGCUUCUCCGGUGUCCAAGGGAGCCGGUCCCGGAGCGCUCAUGGGGCUGGGGCCGCGCUCCCCGCACAAGGCGGGGCGUCGGUUCCCAGCUGGUGGCAAACGAGGCCGCGGGGCCAAGGGGUCGGGGCGCCCCCCACCAGGCCGCCGGCGACAGCCCUGCCCGCCUCCGGACGGGCGCUCGGAGCCGGCUCAGGAUGCGCUGCCCCACCUGAGCCCCGAGGCUCUGGGGUACUUCCGCCGGGCGCUGUCUGCGCUGAAAGAGGCCCCCGAGACCGGAGAAGAACGAGAGCUGAUGGUGCACAAUGUUUUGAAGGAGGUUGAGGCUCAGGCCCUAGCCUUGGCCACGAACAGGACUGGCAGUGAGAUGCUGCAGGAACUGUUGGGGUUCAGUCCCCUGAAACCGCUGUGUCGAGUAUGGGCUGCUCUGCGCUCCAACUUGCGCUUUGUGGCCUGUCAUCGAUGCGGGGUCCAUGUACUGCAAAGCGCUUUGCUGCAGCUGCCUCGGUUGCUGGGGACCCCUGCAGAGGAGGAGGAGGAGGAAGAGGAGGAUGGAGAUAGGAAGGAUGGUUCCUUAGAGACCCUGGAGGAGCUAGUCCUGGGACUCGCCGCUGAGGUGUGUGAUGAUUUUUUUUUCUACUGUGGAGACACACAUGGCACCUUCGUGGUCAGAACUCUCCUGCAGGUGUUAGGAGGGACUCUCCUGGAGUCUGAGAGAGCCAGGCACCGUGGCUCCCACUCACCUGUUUGUGAUCUCACUCCUGCACACGUUCUUGAUCUUCCUUCAGAAGCACAAAGGGCCCCAACUCGGGACUGUAAGCCAACUGAUUUUGAGGUCCCUGAAACCUUCCUGAAUUGCCUUCGGGACCUGAGCUCCUGCUUUCUGAAGGACAUUGCUGUGUUUAUCACUGACAAGAUCUCCAGCUUCUGCCUUCAAGUGGGCUUACAGGUCUUACACCGCAAACUGCCCCAGCUUUGUGCCCACCUCUGCAAUGCUGUGAUUGGCUACCUGAGUAGCCGCAAUUCUUCAGCAGAUGGCAGUCCCCUCCUGCUGUUUCUGCGGGAUCAGACGAGCUCCAGACUGCUAGAGCAGGUGCUACUGGUGUCGGAUCCCCCGAGGCUUCAGAGCCUCUUUGAGGAUCACUUCCAAGGGCAGCUGCAGACCCUGGCUGCACAUCCUAUUGCCAACUUCCCUUUGCAGCGUUUCCUGGAUGCGGUCACUACCCCUGAGCUGCUAUCGCCCAUGUUCAAGGAGCUGAGCCCUGCCCUGGAAGCUGUGUUAGCCCAAGGUCACCCAGGGGUCAUCGUUGCCCUGGUGGGGGCCUGCCGCAGAGUUGGGACCCACCAAGCCCAGGUCCUGCAGCUGUUGUUGGAGGCAUUCCACUGUGCAGAGCCCUCUUCCCGGCAAGUGUCCUGUGUGCCUCUCUUUGCCACUUUGAUGGCUUAUGAGGUGUACUAUGGACUGAUGGAGGAUGAGGGGGCAGUGCCUGCGGAGCACCAGGUGGAAAUGGCCACAGCCAGGGCCCUGGGGGAAGUGACGGUGCUUGGGUCUCUACUGCUCCAGCAUCUGCUGCACUUCUCCACUCCUGAUCUUAUACUUCGAAGUCUGGGUGCCUUGACAGGACCGCAGCUUCUGAGUCUGGCCCAAAGCCCUGCUGGUUCCCACGUGCUCGAUACCGUCCUGAGCAGCCCCUCCGUGACGCGCAAGCAGCGCCGCCGUGUGCUGAAGACCCUAAAGGGACAAUAUGUAGCUCUGGCCUGUAGUCGCCAUGGCAGCCGUGUGCUGGAUGCCAUCUGGAGUGGAGCAGCCUUGGGGGCCCGGAAGGAAAUUGCUGCAGAGCUGGGGGAGCGGAACGAGGAGCUCUUAAGAGACCCUUUUGGCCACCAUGUGGCUCGAAAUGUGGCCCUGACUACCUUCCUGAAGCGGCGAAAGGCUUGGGAACAGCAGCAGGGGGCAGUGGCCAAGCGGAGACGGGCUUUGAACUCAAUACUUGAAGACUGAGGCCUUUGGAUCUGGGACUGGGUGUUGAUGGGGGAGGGGAAAGGGAGUAUCUAUCCUGUCCUCUUCCUAGUUUAAAUUGGAGUCAAAGACUUAUUGAUAAACAUUUUUAUAUUUUUA